UUGGCCGAAUCCGACAGCGAUCUGUACAAAAACUUCAAUAUUGUGAUUUCGGAACGAUGGCAGAAUGAAAUUGCAGAAACCAUCUUCGAGGUUGUCAAUCAAGAUGCAGACAAAGCAGAAAGCAAGAAGAGAUCGAAACAAAGGGCUAAGAUGAACGUCGAUGAGAAAGAUUCGGACGUUAUCGUUCAUGGCUACAUCAAGAAACUAGGCGGACCAUUCACAUCCGCUUGGCAAACACGUUAUGGCAAAUUGUAUCCAUCUCGACUGGAACUAUAUCCGGAGUCUCUCAGUGGAAAGCCGGAGCUGGUGUUUAUGGACCAAAUUGAAGAUGUUUGUGCUGACUUACAAACUGUAAAAGGAGAAAAUGCCAUUGUCGUCAAAUUGCGUGACGGGUUCAAGGAACCACGAAUUAGUCUGACAAACUCGGUAAGUUCAUAAAG